AUGUUUCAUCGCCAAAAAGACCUGAAGAUAAUCAUUAAGAGGUUGCAACUGUUCGAAUGCAAUUUAUGCCCCUAUAAAUGUUCCCUCAAAGCGAAUUUGCUCAGGCACAAAAUUGUACAUAUCGGCGCCAAACUCUUCAAAUGUAACAUUUGUUCAAGAAAAUUCAUGACCAAUGCCCUUUUGUCUGAACACAAAAUUGUGCAUGUCACUGACAAAAUUAUCGAGUGUGCACUUUGUAAUAGAAAGUACACGACCAAACACCAUUUGGCCAGACACAUUACAGAAAUGCAUAAAGGCGAAAGACCCUUCACAUGUGGAACUUGCCACAAAAAAUUCCCAACGAAAUCAUACCUGAGAAUGCACUUAUUCAGUGUACACUCCAAAGAGAAACCCUUCGGAUGUGAUGUCUGCCACAGGAAAUUCACGUUGAAAACCAGUUUGAAGAAACAUAAUUGCAUGCAUCCCGCAGAUACGCCGUACGAGUGCCAGAUUUGCCAUAGGAAAUUUUCCCUCUCAUCGAAUUUACACAGACACAGCCUCAUCCACACCGGUGAAAAACCGUUUGAGUGCCACCUCUGCCACAAAAGAUUCGCCAUUAAGAACAAUAUGACUCGACACAUUAUCACGCACACUGGCGAGAGACCAUUCGAAUGCCGCAUUUGCCAUGCCACAUUCAACAGCAAGGGCAUCUUGGCUUCGCAUCUUACAGUCCACACUGGCGAAAAAUCGUAUGGAUGCGAUAGCUGUGACAAGAAAUUCACCAGGAAAGAAAAUUUGCUCAGGCACAUUACUGUCCACACGGGCUAUCUACCAUUCGAGUGCGAAGUUUGCCACAGAAGAUUCACCGCCAAGGCGAUAUUGAAAAUGCACAGAAUAAUACACACUGGCGAAACGCCAUUCGAAUGCCGCGUUUGUGGCAAAGCGAGCAUCUUGGCUUCACAUCUUAUAGUCCACACUAGCGAAAAAUUGUACGGAUGCGAUAGCUGUGACAAGAAAUUCACCAGGAAAGAAAAUUUGCUCAGGCACAUUACUGUCCACACGGGCUAUCUACCAUUCGAGUGCGAAGUUUGCCACAGAAGAUUCACCGCCAAGGCGAUAUUGAAAACGCACAGAAUAAUACACACUGGCGAAACGCCAUUCGAAUGCCACGUUUGUGGCAAAGCGAGCAUUUUGGCUUCACAUCUUAUAGUCUACACUAGCGAAAAAUUGUACGGAUGCGAUAGCUGUGACAAGAAAUUCACCAGGAAAGAAAGUUUGCUCAGGCACAUUACUGCCCAUACGGGCUAUCUACCAUUCAAGUGCGAAGUUUGCUACAGAAGAUUCACCGCCAAGUCGCUAUUGAAAAUACACAGAAUAAUACACACUGGCGAAACGCCAUACGAAUGCCACGUUAGUGGCAAAGCGUACGUAUUUCAGAGUGCAAUGAGGAAACACCAAUUCAAGAAACACGUUGCUGGAAUAUGA